CUUAAUCUAGAAACUUUAAAUCUCUCACACAACAUGCUCUUUGGUUCCAUUCCCUCGUCAUUGGAAGAGAUGUUGAGUUUGACAUCCAUUGACAUCUCAUACAAUGAGUUGGAAGGUCCGAUUCUCAAAACUAAAGCCUUCGAAGAUGCUCCUAGAGAGGCUUUCGCAAACAAUAAAGCAUUGUGUGGCAAUGCUUCCAAAGGUUUGCCCUCUUGCAAUUCUUCAAUGAUAGAAAAGAGGAAUACUGGAAAGAAGCACAAGUUCAUCAUUUAUAUUGUACUUCCUAUUUUGAGUGCAAUGCUUCUACUAUCCAUAGUUAUAGGAAUUGCUUGGGUUUUUCAAAGGAAGGCAAACAAAAAGAUAGAAGUGGGAAAAACAGAAAGAAUUGAUCAAGGAGAUCUAUUCGCAAUAUGUAACUAUGAUGGUAGAAUUGUGCAUGAAAAUAUCAUCGAAGCCACAGAGAACUUUGAUGACAAGCAUUGCAUCGGGAAGGGAGGAUAUGGAAGUGUUUACAAAGCAACUUUAUCAACUGGUCAAGUGGUAGCUGUGAAGAAGCUUCAUCCAUUACAAGAAGAUGCUGACAUGUUCAACGAAAACCAUUUUACAAAUGAGAUUCGUGCAUUAACUGAAAUACGACAUCGUAACAUUGUGAAAUUUUAUGGUUUCUGUUCACAUGCACGACAUUCAUUUUUGGUUUAUGAGUAUUUGGAAAUGGGAAGUUUGGCGAAGAUCCUUGGAGAUUUGGAGAUGGCAACAGAGUUGGAUUGGAUAAAGAGAAUAAAUGUAAUUAAAGGUGUGGCCAAUGCGCUUUCUUACAUGCACCAUGAUUGCUCACCACCAAUAAUUCAUAGAGAUAUAUCAGGUAGCAAUAUUUUGUUGGAUUCAAAGAAUGAGGCUCGUGUGUCAGACUUUGGCAUUGCAAGGCUUCUAAUGCCCGAUUCAACUAAUUGGACUUCUGUUGCAGGCACUUAUGGCUAUUUUGCUCCAGAGUUUGCUUAUACAAUGAGGGUGACAGAAAAGUGUGAUGUGUAUAGCUUUGGUGUGUUAACAAUAGAAACAUUAAUGGGAGGACACCCUGAUGAGCUCCUUUCAUCUUUAUCACAAUCAUCGUUGUCAUCGUUGGCAUCAUCCGCAGUUGUGCAGACCAAUAUACUGAAAGAUGUUUUAGACCAACGACUCUCUCCUCCUACAGUUGAAGUUUAUGGAGCGGUGGUUUCUAUUGUAAAAAUAGCAUUAACAUGCUUGAAUGUUAAUCCCCAAUCUCGGCCAACCAUGAAACAUGUGUCUGAGGAGCUAUCAUCUCACAAGCCAUUUUCUAUUGAGUCAUUUCACAUAGUCACAUUAUGAGAAUUCUUGCAUGGACGAAGAAUACUCAGGUAGAUGCAUGCUCGUCCAUCUUGGUAGAGAAAUCUAAUAUGUGGUUAAUAUAUCAUAUAUAAUACCAAUUAUGUUUCUUUCUUUUUUGUCUCACAAUCUUAGCAUUUUUUU